GAGGUGGGGGACGCGCGCAGGAGGGGCUGCCGGGCUCGCGCAUUCAGUUUUCGAGCGCCUCGCUUCCAGGCCACGGGUCCGACACCGGCUCCGCGAGGUGAGGCGGCAAGCCAGGAUGACGGAGAGACCGAACGCGUCCAGAGAGUCCACCGGGCAGACGUCGAGCGCGCGCGCGCGGCCCCGCUAGGCUCGUGACCGUGAGGGGUUGUAUUUUUUUUCCUUUUUAAAGCGGCGCUGAAAUCGGACCCACAACCCGCCGCACUGGGAUCGGAUCUGUACGUCUGUGCACAGGACCGAGGAGGAGGUCGGCGCGAGCCCGCUCUCGUCGGGGGACCGAGGGGCCGAGGGGCCGAGGGGCCUGGGGGGGGCGGGCGCGCGGACAGCCCUGCGUGAAGGUAUUGUCUCCGUCACCGUUAUUAAUCAUUAUUAUGGGAAAUUGUGCGUGGAAACACGACCGGCGCAGACAGGACCGGGUCGCGCGGAAGCCGUGACAGGAGCGAGCAGCGUGACGCAGACCGUCCCGAGCGCCGCCCGCCGCGCGCCACACCGCCUAUGUCCGCCUUCUGCCUGGACCUGCACGCGCCGGCUCCCGCGCCGGCCGCCGCGCACGCGCCCGCGGUUUCAGCACCGCCGGAGCUGGACAGCGACCGCAUGGAGCGGCCGCAGGAGCGCGCAGCCGAGCCGUGCCCGGACCCCGGCGCGUUCCGGCGGCUCCCCGGCGGCCUCGGCGCGGCGCUCGAGGAGGAGCUGGCCCUGCUGGCCGAGUCGGCGGCCUCGGAGCCCCCCGGGGGCGGACAGGAAGCGGACCUGCUGUCGCUCUUCCGGCAGAAGGAGAAGGACUUGGUGAUGGCGGCCCGCCUCGGGAAGGCGCUGCUCGAGAGGAACCAGGAGCUGAGCCGGCAGUACGAGAGGAUGAACAAAGAGCUCAACGAGAAGCUCGAGCACCUGGAGCAGGAGAAGCAUGAGCUGCGGCGGCGGCUGGAGAGCCGGGAGGGCGAGUGGGAGGGCCGAGUGGCCGAGCUGGAGACGGACGUACGGCAGCUGCAGGGGGAGCUGGAAAAGCAGCGGGCCCAGCUGCGCGAGGUCGACAGGGAGAAGAGCCGCGCCGUGUCCGAGCUCUCCGAGCAGAACCACCGGCUCCUGGAGCAGCUCAGCCGGGCUGCGGAGGUGGAGAGACAACUGUCAACUCAGGUCCAUUCGCUGCGUGACGACUUCCGGGAGAAGAGCGUCUCCACAAGCCAGCACAUGUCACGCCUGGAGAGCCUGCAGGCAGAGCAAGGACUAGAAAUAAAGAUGCUUUCGGAGCGUAAGCGGGAGCUGGAGCGGCGCGUGAGCGCCGUUCUCGAGGAGAACGAGCUGCUGCAGUCCGCCGUGGACGAGCUGCGCGAGCGCAGCCUCGUUCUGGAGAGGCAGUGCCACGAGAAGGACCUGCAGCUGCGUCAGAGCCAGGCCGAGCUGCAGGAGGUACGGCUCUCGCACCGGCAGCUGAGCGCGCGGCUGGAGGAGCUCGCGGAGGAGCGGAGCCUGCAGGGCCUGGGGUCGCAUCCCGCCAGCCUGCUGUGUGAGAUCGAGCAGAGCAUGGAGCAGGAGGAACUGGAGCAGGAGCGGGAGCAGCUGCGGCUCCAGAUGUGGGAGGCCUACUGUCAGGUGCGCUCGCUGUGCUCCCACCUGCGGGGGAACGAUAUCACUGACUCAGCGCUGUCCACGGAUUCCUCCAUGGACGAGUCAUCAGAGACGUCCUCUGCCAAAGAUGUGCCUACAGGGAGCCUGCACGCCAGCCUGCUGGAGUUGCGCAGACUAACUCAGAACCUGCUAGAUGGCAACGAGUCCACGGGAUCUCGGCGCAGUGACGAAGAGGCGCUGGAGGACCAAGUACGGAAGCUGAGCGAGGAGUUGCGGGAGCUGAGGGAGCUGUAUGAGGCAGAGCAGGAGAGGGCCCGAGGCAGCCAAGCAGAGGUGUUGGAGCUCCACAACCAGGUGGCGCUGCUGUCAGUGGAGCUAUGCGCCUUGCGAGAGGAAAGUGAGCGUUUGCGGGCGAUGGCAGAAGUGCACGAGCCAAGUGAGCAGCUGCAGAGCGCCAUCAGAGACAGGGAUGAAGCCAUUGCCAAGAAGAAAGCUGUGGAGAUGGAAUUAGCCAAGUGCAAGAUUGACAUCAUGUCCCUGAACAGUCAGCUACUGGAUGCCAUCCAACAGAAGCUCAAUCUGUCACAGCAGCUGGAGGCUUGGCAGGAUGACAUGCACCGGGUGAUCGACCAGCAGCUGAUGGACAAGCAUCAGGAGGAGUGGAGGGAAUCACCACACUCCUUCUCUGGCACCUCUGGCAGGCGGGGCACCUUCUUGGCGCCACCCUCCAGGAAGCCUCAACGUCUUGCCGAUGGGGAUAGGAAGCUUUUUUCCUUCUUCAAAAAGAACUGAGGAGAGGGGAGGAGAGGUGGGAGGGGAAUGGCCAGAGUGGGGGAGAUGGAAAUGAAGGAGAAAUAGAGAAGACAGUCAGGUACAGGCUAAGACAUAGAGGGUGGAAAAGCAGACGACCAUCACCGGUUGGCUGAAAGGACUAUCAUUUUGCACUUUACCUGUCUCCUCAUUACAUGCUUUAGUGGUGAGUGUGGGAAGGGCAAUUUGGACAACAUGUCAAAGUGCUCUGAGCUUCUCUCUAGUGGACAAAAUGAACACUUCCUCACUGAUUUCAGAUAGCAGUAACAAGAAGCUCACAUGACUGCUACCUAUCAGCCUGUAUCUGUAACAGCAACUCUCUGUGUCUAUCACCCUGCCUAUACACUUGAAGGAAGGGUUAUUUCCCUGUCCUCCAAGGAAGAACCUGGUCUUGCUGGACAGGCUGUGCUAACUUGCUGCUGCCAGGCUCAGUCAUGUUUCUCAGGAUUGCUCAGAUGUUCAAUGUAUGCAGCAGCCUUGUAGCUAAAGGCCAGAGCAGAAGGAAGUGUGUGCCAGCCCUCUGUGAGUGCAACAGUUGUACAGGGAAGAUAAUGCCGCAUUGCGUGAAGGGCCGUCAAUCAAAUGACCUGCCCACCUUCUUCAGGUGGAGGCUUCAGGUGUUCAUUGGAACAGUUCCUGGACUGAGGUGAUCUGGUCCAGUGUGUAGGUGGACCAAAGUAAUCAAUGUUAAUAAAAGUCACAGCACAAAGUGUCUUGUCAGAAGGGGAUUGUUUCAGCCUGUGAGCAGAACAGCACAGAAUGUCUACAUCAUUGAUCACCUGUUCAUUAAUACUGCGAUUGGCAAUCCUCUUAAAAGGAAUCUUUUUCAAGUUAGUAAUUACAGUAAGUGCAAUUGCAUUCUUUUUCUCAGAAAGGACUUCAAGCUAUAUCAAGGCCUUCAUCAGCAGUCAGGUAAAAUAAAACUCCUAUGUGGUAUAAGCUAAUGUAAUGUGAGCAGCGUUUAUAUAGAUAAAUGUGUGUGUGUA